CACCCACAUAAAGUGUUGGUGGGUGUGUGUCUCCCUGUAAUUCCGCGAUCGAUGGCUCUCCAUUCUCUUGUUCCUCUGUUUCUCUCCUCCGUGGUUCUACCGCUAGCGCCAACCGAUAGUCUACAUGUCUGCGACAGCCCAAUCUUCUGCUAUGGUGAACUGCUAGCCUCAGUCCAAAAUGCCUCGGUCUUCAACGACAGCAAAGAGUUUGUCGACCGACCUCUCACUGCCUCACCAGACGAAGUCCUGGCGGCUUUCGAGGAGCUCCCAGACCAUCACAACGUGACAGCUCUGAGGGAGUUUGUGGAUCAGUGGACGCUGGAGGCUGGCUCUGAUCUGGAGACCUGGGACCCUCCUGACUGGGUACCAAGGUCAGGACCAGUCACCGAUCUCUAGGAAUAUGUUGCGACAACUCUCUGUGUCCAGACCAAACUUCAUAGAGAGGAUAAAAGACGAAAAGCUGAAGGAGUGGGCUCUUGACAUAAACUCCAUAUGGAGACAACUGGGAAGACAAGUAGACCCAAUACAUGACAUCCUCUGGACCCAACCCUCUCUCCCUCUUCUCCAGGUCUCACCUGCUGUCCCUGAAAACGCUGAUCGCCACUCUCUCAUCUUCCUCCCCAACCCUUUCAUUGUACCAGGAGGUAGAUUCAGGGAGACAUACUACUGGGAUACCUACUGGAUGGUGGAGGGUCUCCUUCUGUGUGGAAUGAAUGACACAGCAAGGGGGAUGAUUGAAAACCUGGCCUACCUGGUGCACAAGUAUGGCCUGGUUCCAAAUGGAGGUCGGCAGUAUUACACUCGACGCAGCCAGCCCCCACUCUUGACACAGAUGGUGGAGCUAUUCUACAACAGAACUGAGAACACCACUUUUCUCCACAACCUUCUCCCAGCUCUGGUGACAGAGUACAAUUUCUGGGUCAACAACAGAUCCAUACCUUUCUUUGGCCCGGCAUACACAGCACCAACUGACACUCCGAGACCAGAAGCCUACAGAGAAGAUCUCGCAGUAGCUGAGAGGGUAACAUCAGAUAAUCGUCCUGCGCUGUACAAAAAUCUUGCCUCUGGGGCAGAGAGUGGGUGGGACUUCUCCACCCGGUGGCUGGCUCACAGUGGACCUGACACAGGCCAGCUAUCCUCAAUCUCAACAUCUACAAUCGUAGCAGUGGACUUGAGUGCCAUUCUCUGCAGCAAUGAGGCUGCUCUGGCCAGGCUCUUCACUGCAGUGGGCAACAGGUCAGGAGCAAGUUACUUCAUAAACAGAACAAUAGAGAGGAGCUCUUCAUUUGACGGAAUGUUCUGGAACGAAACUCUCAGUCUAUGGAGAGAUCUGAGGCUGAAUCUUUCACUGAACGGUUCGUUCUAUGGAUCAUCAAUAUCAGCACUUGUCUGGAGGUGUGGUCAGGGAGGCGUGGAACGAGAUGAAAAAUUCCUCUCUACUCUGGAGUCCCUCGGAGUGUUGGAGUACCCCGGAGGAAUCCCGGCCUCCGUCUGGAGUAACUCCACCCAGCAGUGGGAUUACCCCAACGCCUGGGCCCCAAUCCAGUGGAUGUUGGUGGAGGCGUGGCACGACUCACCCAGCAAGCAGCUGAGAGCAGUGGCAGAGAAGGUGGCAAGAACAUGGCUGACCACCACCUACCUUGCCUGGGAGAGGUUCAACCACACCAUGUUUGAGAAGUAUAACUGUACAGAGGCAGGGGAGCCAGGGGGAGGAGGCCAGUACAACACCCAGACUGGGUUUGGCUGGACUAAUGGAGUUGCUCUAAAGUUCCUGUCCCUCUACCCCGACAUGGUCAUCUCUCCCUCGUCGUCCUCGGACGGAGCGAAACGGAACCUGGGCUGGGUCUCAGUCAUAGUAUUCAUGGUAGUCUCAGUGGCUGUCUCCAUUCCAUGCCUGGUGUGGUGCAGAUGGCUGUACGUCACGGGCAGAGAUCGGUACUGGGGGCGUGUCCGGAACGAACACCUGAUAGCGGCGCAGGGAGGCAUCUCUCACUCGCGGCCUCAUUCUCCCAACCCCACAUACACAAACAGAUAUACAGUUGCAGACAUUAAUGGUAGUAGUGACAUUUACAACGAAACACUCUUGGAAUUUGAUGUAUGACAGUUUGUAUGUCUUUUUGUGUUUUUUUGUACCAAUCAUAAUUAUGACUUCUCUUUUUAUUAAAAAGCUAAAGAAGUGGGGUGUGAGGUUAUAGCAGCACUUUCACCUGAAAAGUGCAGGCUGGCAUUUUGGUGACUUCUGCAGUGACUUGACACUUGAUCCCUACGUUACUCAGAGCCCCAGUCAACAGACCACACGCAAAUGAGAGAGACCUGAUGAUUGGUUUUGAGGUUGUCAAUGUUCUUGUUGAAGGCAGUCACCCAGAACUGUUUGCACAUGAAGACGACGGCGUCCAGCUCGUUCUUGAACCUCGGGUGGUCACGUGACGUUCUCUCCACCAGACUCUCUCCCACUCUGUGGCCCAGACUCUCCAGUCGCUGCUGUACCUCUCCCUUCUUGUCCGGUCCAGCCUCCUGCUGCAGCUGGGAGACAAUCUCCAUGUGCAGGAACUCGAAGAGACACUGACUGGUCUCUGCCUGGACUGUAGUCACUGACAUCCUCGCGUACACACCUGUCCAGCAACUGUC